UGUGCUGUGGUGUGUGAGUCUAUAUUUGUUUUGGGCCCGCAGCCGUAUCUAAUUUAUGGAGUGUGUAAUUCUGUGCUGAAGGCCCGUUUCUUCUCUCAGCAGGACUCCUUCCAGGUGAAUGAGAUGGCAGAGUGUGGGAUCCAAGGUGAACAACCUCAGAGGCGUCUUGCUGUGAAGGAAAACGGAGAGCUGACAGACUCGCAGCUGUCUGUGGAUGAGAGGAAACAGAGGGACAGGGAGGAGAGGGAAUCUCUGGUGUUAUGGAGGAAUCCUCUGCUCACACUACACUACUUCACUCUGGAACUGCUUAUCACCAUUGAAGAGUGGCUGAAGAGGCUCUGGGAGCAAAGACAGACUCUGUUUGGACUGCUGAUACUGCUUAUCCUCCUCCUCAUUGCAUACAGUGUUGAAGGAACACACCAGAAGUAUGUGCUCUACAUGGAGAAGAAGACGCUGUGGUGCGCCUACUGGGUCGGCCUGGGCAUCCUCUCCUCGGUUGGUCUUGGCACCGGCCUUCACACCUUCCUUCUCUACCUGGGACCACACAUAGCAUCAGUGACUUUGGCAGCCUAUGAAUGUGGCUCGGUGGAUUUCCCCGAACCGCCCUAUCCAGACCAAAUCAUCUGUCCCCAGCAGAGUGCACCGGCAGCAGGGUCUGAUGCUGCUGAGCAGGUGGGCGUGGAGGCUGCGGGGGAGGGAGGGUUGGUGGAGACAGCUGCCAUCCAGGGAAGCAUCUCUCUCUGGACCAUCCUCUCUAAAGUGCGCCUGGAAGCUUGUAUGUGGGGUGCAGGUACAGCUAUAGGAGAGCUCCCCCCCUACUUCAUGGCCCGAGCUGCGAGGCUGUCCGGCGCCGACCCCGACGACGAGGACUACCAGAGGAUCGAGGAGAUUCUGGACCAGACGCAGCCUGCACAGGACUUUGCCAGCCGAGCAAAAGUAGCCAUUCAGAAACUCAUCCAGAGGGUCGGAUUCUUUGGGAUUUUAGUCUGUGCUUCUAUUCCAAAUCCGUUGUUUGACCUGGCAGGAAUAACGUGCGGGCAUUUUUUGGUUCCCUUUUGGACUUUUUUUGGUGCGACACUCAUCGGGAAAGCAGUCAUCAAAAUGCACAUUCAGAAACUGUUCGUGAUCCUCACCUUCAGCAGGCACAUAGUGGAGCAGAUGGUCUCCCUCAUCGGAGCGUUUCCACUGCUGGGUGCGGCACUGCAGAAGCCCUUCAGGGAGUACUUGGAGACCCAGAAGGCCAAGCUGCACCAUCACGCCGGAGAGGGGAUCCCGACUGAGGAGAGCUGGCUGCCGUGGCUCUUCGAGAAGGUUGUGGUCAUCAUGGUAUGCUUCUUUGUCUGCUCCAUUGUCAACUCCAUGGCCCAGAGCUACAGCCAGCGCAGGCAGCCGGGGAAACACUCGGAGGGCAAGACGGAGUGAAGGCCAGAUAGCCAUCACUGCCAAGCAUCAACUUCAGAAGCUCUCCCCAAACCCCCCGACUCAUUUCAGCUGACAAGCCACCAUUAUCUGAGGCGCUGCAUCUAGUUCCUGUGGUGUUGCUGUAGCAACAUGUUGAUCUUGGACUUGUUUUUCCAGGCUUUGCUUUUGGUAGUGUUUCAGCAGUUGUAAGGUAGGUUUUCUUGUCGUGAGUAGUUCAUGUCGGCACUUUGAGCACGUGAGAAGUAGGCAGUCAUUUCCCAGUGAGGCCUUAAGCUGCACUAGAAGAACAUUAUUUGUCCAUGGAGUCUCUUUAAUUCCUAUUUUUUGAGUAAGCUUUCUUUUGUUGCGCCGUGAAUGUUCUGUAAAUUCAGCGCUACUUUUUUCGUUCAAUAAGAUAAUGAUGUGUUAUCUGAUUAUUAGGAAGAGUACUGUAGAGUUGUUAUGCAGUAUUAUCCGUGGUAAGAUAAGACUUUAUGAUGGUGUCGUAUUUUAGAGCUCUAAGUCACUGUAUUGUAGAGAUGUUAACCAAUGUUUCACGGUUCUUUGGAGGACCACCUCUUCUAUUGUCCGCGCAGUAAAGCCCACCAAGGUACUUUUGGACGAGGAAUGAUAAAUCGGCCCUGAAUCCCCCUGCUGGUCUCUUUGUCUGCCGUUAUUGUUCUGCUUCCAGGAAGAGAGCACAUGAGUCAGCCCGGGGCCACUUCACCAGAUGCAUUCAUAUAUUGAAUCAGAUCUGCCACUAUGUGCGCGUGCCUGUGUGUGAGACGGGGAGCCGAGGGGGGGGGGGAGAGAGAGAGAUAGGCGUUUGCGUGGCUGCCACAUUUGUUGCUCUCCCUUUUAUCUUUUAUGGAUUAAAGCAGAUUGCGCUCCACUAAUAGACUGUGUCUGCCUGGAAGUCUUCCUAUAGCAGAUAGCGGCUGCUCCUUUAACUUAGAGACAGUGUGUGUCAGGGUGAGUGUUUUUCUUUGUCUCCAGCGUUCCUUUAAAUCCUUUUUACCUCGAUGUGGACAGCGAGCUCAUGUUUGACAACUCAAGAGCAUCUCAAUAGCAUUUUUAUAUUUUUUUGCUUGUCGGAUAAUACAGCUGGCUCUCCCAUUUAUUCACCUCCUUCUUUUUUUUUUGUAAUUGCCGGAGAAAUGUGCUUUUCACUCCUCCGUCUCUGUGCCGCUGCUGUGCUACGCUGGACUGAGCACAGUGGGCGCUAGAGCAAGCAGGAGGGAGAGGAAGAAAAAAAAACCUCAAGCGCACAGUGAAAAGCGUCUGUGCCGUUACCUCAGCUGAACCUUCGAAUGAACUCGUUGCACCGCUCCAGUCACAGCGCCAGGAGACGAAUCACUUGCGUAGAUUCAAAACAGAGGGGCACUGUUGAGCAGGCUGAACCCUGCGCUCUGCACCAGCUCCACUCACAUCUCCUCUUUUCUCCUGUUAUGGUAAGUCGGAUCAGGAUUUAUUUUUUUCAUUGUGGUUUCUGUACAUGCGUCCGUCUCAGUCACGCUCCCGGCCUGUCAGAUAGCUUAUCAGACUGGUGUUGGCUGUUAACGUUGCAAGGCGACAACAGUCUGUAGGCUGUCUGACAUUUCGGGCUCUUUCAUCUGACCAGCAUCCUGUUUUUGUCCUCCUUCUGUUAUUGUCAUUUAUCAGUUAGCAUCAGUUCCCAUUUAGAGGUGUGCGCUGCAAUGUCGCUUCCCUUUUUUUAUCCCAACCGCUUGGGUCUAGUGUUUAUUUCCUCCAUGCUGACGUCCGUGAGGGUUUUUAUGUGGGGAACUGUGUUUUGGCAUGUUUGCAAAUGCAGAUGUAGUGAUGUCAAUGGUGUACUUCUCUACAUAUACGUGUGUGUGUGUUGGCUCUGUCCUCUUGAAUUUCCAGAGAAUCCAGACAGUACACACCUUAUUGCAACACAUCACAUUGUGACACCCAGCUCUAGGUAUGGUACACGCAGUGCCCUCCCCUUCCCUUUUACACUUCCCUCUUCUCUCUAACUGAGAACUUUCUUCUGUUGCUCAACACACACACUUUUUUUUUUAGGAGGCUGCUGUUUUAUUGGAACAACUCCUUUGAGCCUCUUUUUCUAAGGGCCACAAAUUGGUAAUUACACGAAGCUGAAAAUGUUUGCUUGACCAGCGGACACUUUUGCAGCAAAGCCUCAGUUUUCUUUUCUUUUUUUUUCUAGAACAAAGCAAAAUCACUUUUUCCUGGUCAUAAAAACUAAAUCAUUUGAUAAGGCUGGAACGGCUUCUGGCUCGAAGAGUGUUUUUCUUGGCAGUUUCAGAAUGUCCUGUUCCAUAAGGGAGCCCCCCUUUUUGGCUUGCCUUUCUGAAUGUGUUUGUGCAUUUGUCUAGAUAUUCUGUUUAUAUCUCCGUGUGUGUGCCUCUCUUUCCGAACUAAUUCAUCGCUGUAACUGAGUUAUUUAAAAGGUUUGUAUGUAAUGUUUCUUUCAUGUGCUUUCAAUAUAAAUAAAGUCUGAUGAAAAGAGAA